UGCCACUAUCAAGAUCAACGGCUUCACCUGUGUCUACCCGUAGUCUGGUGUAAGGUUGGGGGUGGCUGAGCGCAGCUGAACCGAGCCGAGCUGUUUUGUGUUGUUGUCCUCUUAUGCCUCAGGCGUGCCGUUACAAACGAAGUACAUUGGCUUGCCUGCCUUGGUGCCUUGGAUGCUUAUAAAACCCCCAACCACUUCCUUUAUAAAGUGGUCCCAUUUCUCCUCCUCGACACUGACAGGACAGGACAAGACGUUUGUAUCAUUCCGCAAACAGAGGACUACCUAUCUUCCUAUCCUCUGCUGAAGACUGUUUCCUUUGCUCUCUUGAUCAGGCAACGGGCGGUCUGGCUGGCUGCCAGUGGAUGGUUUGUCAGAGGUCUCCUGUUCCGCUCCGGUAAAGGUCCUCGAAUUGAGCACGGGCAUGCGAACUUGAAGGAACAUAUAUCUCUCUCCCUGUUUAACAGGCGGCAUCUAUCAGAAUCCUUCGGCGGGAGGUUCCGCUACCUACAUUCCAUCUGAACCAGAGCCACGACCGGGCAAGACGGGACUCGCAAAGGGAACUACAACUGUUCACAAUAUCCGGGACAAAGGUCUAUCUAGUGACCUGUUCGGAGCGAGCGGUCAACUACAUACCAUCCUAACAUCUACCCACCCACGAUACCAACUAUCUUAUCCCUACUCGCAACAAUCCACCCACCCAUCUAUCUAUCUAUCUUUCUAUAUUUCAUCCAUCUCUCGUCUCUCGAUCAAUCCAGAAUGUCCUUCCUCCAAACAACCUUCAAGACAGGCUACAUCACCGACCUGAUCCUCCCACCCCCACCCGAAGGCAAAACACCCACCGAUGUAUUUCGCGCAGGCCACUCUCUGGCCCUCGAAAUGGCCCGGUCUCCAGAGACAAUGAGCAAAUUGAACCCAUUUGUAUAUAGUGUUCGAGUGAUCUCUGCAGAUGAUCCUCAGGCCGUCGAUGUGGAUGCUGUCGCGGCGCGAUUUGGUGUUGAAGUAUCACCUUCUUCUUCUUCACCUCCUUCUGCUCCUCCUUCUCCGUCACCACCUGCUCCUCCUUCUCCGUCACCACCUGCUCCUUCGUCGCAGUCCGUCGGCGACUUUGUCCAAUACGAAAUCAAAGACAAAUUACCCGUCGCAUUUGGCUUUUCCGCCGACAUGACGUAUCACAGUGCGAUCCGGACCACCCAACAAGGUAUCGAGGCUCUGACGGAUCCGGGGAGUGGGGUUUUGUUGCAUGGGAAAUGGGGGAUUGAAGUUGCGCAGGGGCCUGAUGAGCGAGGAAGCGCGAAUGCUGAUGCUGAUGCGCAUGCCCGGACUGGCAGUUUCGAUGCGACUGCUGCUGGUAUUGCUGAUCCUCGUGCUGGCAGUGCUGGCGGUGCUACUGGUACUGGCAGCGGUAGUGGUGCUGAUGGCGGUGUUGGUGGUACUGGCAGCGGUGGUACUGGAAGUGGUAUUACUGGUAGUGGCCGACUCCACCUCCUCGAAACAAACACCACGUCCUGCAGUGUCCUGGUGGCAUGGUACAUCAAGGCGAGUAUGGACAAGGCUCAUCGGACGGCUCAUCGGCGGUUCAAGGAUCGGUGGGUCCAGCGGAUGAAAGAGUUGGGGUAUCCUUGUUCUUGAGAGGAAGGGGAAGGAUGGGUAUGACUUGCUUUGUUAGCUUUGGGAUUUUAACGAAAGGAUGGGCUAUGAGAUUUGAGCGGUGGUUUGGUUUGGUUUGGUAUGUUUUGGUAUGUUAGGAUAUUCUCCGCUAUGCUUCGGGAUGAUUGGGGUUCAGUCGAGCGUGUUUAUUGGCUUGGAUAUUGGGACUACUUUAUGUUUAUUUUACUAUAUGUGGUUGGAUAUGAUGUGAUAUGUCACGAUGUGAUACAGUGUGAUGCGAUCUAAUAUUGAUAUAAGUAGAGUUGCCUAAGACCGAGCCUGGAGUGAACAUCAUCAGCCCAACUUUGGCGAGCCAAAGGUUCUAGUAUUCAGUGCGAAUUCAAGGCCCUUUUUUGUUCAACAAGAUCAAAAAUGGAAAUGACAGUAUUAAUACAUUGGCAGUAUCUAGGUAGAGUAAUGGUAUGAGCG